UCAAUUUUCCUUGGAUUUGUAAAAAAAAUUGUGAACCAAUUUGACAAAAUCUUGUCUCCCUCCACCUCAAACCUUCCCCUCUGCAACAAUCAUUCUCCUUCCUCAGAUUUGUAAAAAACCCAAAAUUUUUAUAUUGAAAACUUCAAUUUUCCAACCAUUCAAGUAAUUAAUGAAAAAUUCAAGAUCCAAAAACAAAUUGCUCACGCAGGCAACCAUGCCCAACCAUUCAAGUAAUUAAUGGAAUAUGAGCCGCUCAUCCUGCGCAAUCUUGUGCCACAACUUGCUCACGCAGGUAGCCAUGCCCAGCGUCCUUGCGUCCACAUGCUUCAACGCCUCGAACAACAGAUUCUCGUCUAAAUUCACAAACCCAGUUUCUUCACCUCGAACACGGGGGAGUAGCAGUGCCACGAGCGCGUCCAAGAUGGACAAGGUGAGCGAGGUUGCUGAAAUGCCAGAUCUGGGUUUGAGAAAAACCCCAGAUCUGGGCUUGAGAGAAGAAGAAGAAGGGAGAAGAGAGAGAAAGAAAGAAUAAGAAGAAGAAAGAAGAAGGAUGAGGAGGGAGGAGGAAAGAAGGAAGAAGAUGAAGCUUGAGAAAGAACCCAAAUCUGGUUUGUAGAGGUAAGGAAAAAGGAAAGGUAAAGGAGAGAUAAAGUGAGAGAGGAAGAAGAGAUAACGUGAAUAAAAAAAAUUAUUAUUU